AUGCGCGCGGCAUUGGGCGGGAGCCGACCAGCAGGCCAUGCAUUAAGGUCAAUUGGAACAAUACCAGCGCGACCGCAAGCUUUCAGAGCAUCUUUUCUCGACAAACCGUCCUUUCUGCGCUCGUUGCAUACUCCCAGCCGCCCUCUUCCGCGGCGUGUCUCCCAGCGAGCUCCCAAAGUAUUAAUCCCGAUCCGGUUUCAAUCGGAUAGCGCUGCUUCUCAGGUUGCAACAAAGACUCGACCGAAGAUUCUUAACGCUCUUUAUAAGACGUUUGCAUACUGCGGCUUCUUUGUUAUUGGCACUGGAGUCAUCGUUGUCGCCUUUUUCGUUUAUGAUGCCAGCACCUACCGUGAAACCCCGAGCGCCGCAGACAUCCCCGUGUCCGAGCUGGCUCUUAACCCACGACGCGGAGGCCCCAAAAACCUUCCCAUUGCGGAUGUCCUCGUCGGCGACUAUGACUCGGAAUCUAUGAUAGAGCAAAAGGACAAGCCGAGACUUGUAAUCCUUGGCACCGGCUGGGGUAGCAUCGCUCUGCUUAAGAACCUGAACCCUAGUGACUACCAUGUUACUGUUGUUUCCCCGACUAACUACUUCCUGUUUACUCCUAUGCUCCCGUCUGCCACAGUAGGCACUCUGGGCCUCCGGUCUCUCGUCGAACCUGUUCGUCGCAUUAUCGAACGUGUAAAUGGUCAUUUCUUGAAGGCAUCCGCAACAGACGUCGACUUUUCCCGAAAGUUGGUCGAAGUCUCUCAAGUGGAUCAGGAUGGAAACAAGAAAGAUUUCUAUCUUCCAUAUGAUAAACUGGUUAUUGGUGUUGGCUGUGUGACAAACCCCCAUGGUGUCAAGGGUCUUGAAAACUGCAAUUUCCUCAAGACCAUUGAUGAUGCUCGUCGGAUCAAGAACAAAGUGCUAGAGAACAUGGAAAUGGCCUGCCUUCCCACCACCAGUGAUGAGGAACGCAAGCGUCUGCUCUCUUUCGUCGUCUGUGGUGGAGGCCCGACUGGUGUCGAGUUUGCUGCUGAACUCUUUGAUCUGCUCAAUGAAGACCUGCUCCAUUCCUUCCCUCGUAUUGUCCGGAAUGAGAUCUCCGUGCACAUUAUCCAGAGCCGAACUCACAUUCUGAACACCUACGAUGAAGCACUCUCCAAAUACGCCGAGGGCCGAUUUGCUCGUGACGGCGUUGAAGUGCUGACCAAUGCCCGUGUAAAGGAAGUGCAAAAGGAUCGUGUUCUUUUCAGCCAGGUGGAAGAUGGCAAACAAGUCGUCAAGGAAAUCCCAACUGGAUUCUGUUUGUGGUCAACUGGAGUUUCUCGUGCUGAAAUCGCCGAAAAACUGUCCAACAAACUUGAAGGCCAGAAUAAUAAGCACGCCCUGGAAACCGACUCCCAUCUUCGUGUUAUCGGAGCCCCCUUGGGUGAUGUAUAUGCCAUUGGCGACUGCUCCACCGUUCAAAACAACGUUGCACAGAACAUUAUCAAAUUCCUGCGUACCAUUGCCUGGGAAAAGGGUCAAGAUCCUGAGAAAGUGCACCUGACCUUCUCUGAAUGGCGAGAUGUUGCCAACCGAGUCAAGAAGCGUUUCCCCCAAGCAUCGAACCAUCUCCGCCGCCUCGACCGUCUCUUCGAGCAGUAUGAUAAAGACCAUUCUGGCACCCUCGACUAUGGCGAGCUGUCCGAACUGCUCCAUCAAAUCGACACCAAGCUUACUUCCCUGCCCGCCACUGCUCAGCGUGCGAAUCAGCAGGGUGUGUACUUGGGCCGUAAGCUGACCAAGAUUGCCUCCGCUCUGCCUGGCCUCAAGGCGAACGAGAUUGACUAUGGCGACCUCGAUGAGGCUGUCUACCGUGCUUUCAAAUACAAACAUCUGGGCAGUCUCGCUUAUAUUAGCAAUGCUGCGAUCUUUGACUUUGGUGGCAUGAGCUUCAGCGGUGGCGUUAUUGCCAUGUAUCUCUGGCGUAGCAUCUAUUUUGCCGAGAGCGUCAGCUUCCGCACCCGGUGUAUGCUGGCAAUGGACUGGGCCAAGCGUGCACUCUUUGGAAGAGAUCUCAUGAGCUUCUAA